AUCAGUCAACACUUAGCACAUUUCGAUCAAAUAAAAUUAUGUCGAGUCAACCAAUUCCAGGUCAUUCCUCGAAGCGUACGUUCUCGGAUGCAUUUUCUGAUAAAAAUGAAACAGAUCGUGAGAUUCGCUUUCCAAUUAUCAAAUCUAUGUUGGCAGAAGGAAUCGUACCAUACUUUGAAGAAUAUGGUGAAAUUGAAAAUAUAUUGGUCACCAUUCGAUAUGAAAGAGAGAGCGACACUUUCCCAUUAAGGAAAAAUUCAUAUCACAGAGCUGGUAAUUACAUCUUGAAUGUCGAAAAACCGAACUCAUCACCGUCUGAUCCACCAAAGAAACUCAAAGUGGCUGACGCAAAUUGGAAGCAGACUUUUAGCCACUUGAAUUCAAAGGAUUUGUGCAGUGUAGUGGAGACGUGUACGCUCUUCCAGAAACUCGGCACCAACGCAUUUUAUGAAUACGAGAUUGACUUAAACAAAAUGUCGUUUGAAGAAGUAAAAAACGUGCUGCAACAUUUGGGUGAUGGCAUCAAAGUUUUGAAAGUGUUUUGGGAAGAUAAAGUGGAAGCAAUUAAUGAGUUCAUGGAUGCAACGAAAUAUUGUGGAAAUUUGGAACAAUUAUUUUUGUAUAGUCAGUGUGAAUACCACCAUGAAGACGUUGUUUGGAAUUUGAUUGGAUGUAAGAUGAACUUUCCCAAGCUGGAGCAUCUUCAUUUGGAAUAUCUUCAUGAGUGUGAAUGCGACCAAACGGAGAAAUGCUAUAGUCGAAAUGAUAACGAUGGAAGAAUUGCUGAUCUAUUGAAAAAUUCAAAAUUAUCAAAACUAUCCCUUAAGGGUUUCCAUCUAAAGGACAAAGGAUUCAAAACUAUUGCCAACAAAUUGCCAAAUUUAGAAGUAUUGCGCUAUAAAGGCUAUUGUGGGUAUGAUCAAUACCGCGGAGCAGAUAUGGGAGGCUUGAAAAAAUUAAAAUCACUAAAGGAACUUGAGAUUGAAGACGCUGAAAUUCCAGUCGUUACAUUGAUUGAUGGAUUAGCAGAAGUUGGUGCUCCGAUUGAAAGUUUGACUCUCUUCGAUACUUACAAAAACGAUGACGAUGACAUUGUCUGCAGCAUCAUGAAAUUAAAGGGCAUCAAUAUCUUGAAACUGUCACAUAUUCAUGGUAUGGAAUGUAAACAAAUCGUACGACUGGCAAAAGCACUUCCACUUCUCAGUGUAUUCGAAUUUUCUAUUGAUGGGAAAAACGAAGACGAUAUCAAAUUUGACGAAAUAAUUAAAAUGCUACAUCAUGCCCACAAAUUAACCAAGAUGACGGUUUAUAAAUCGAACGGCCUCAAAAAAUUUACUAUUAAAAAUUACAAGAAAACGUUGAAAUUGGUUAAAAAUCGCCCAGAAAAGUUGAAGCUGUCUUUCAUGGUUCCUAAAUAUGUUGAUUUAACUGAAAUUAAUGCUGAAACAAUUCAACAUAAUCAAGAAUGGUUGGAACUUUUGCAAGGUUAAAAUGGUUUUGAAACAUAAAUCAUGAGUUUUUUCCAUUUAAUUUUUAAAUAUUUUGGGAAAUAUUUAAGUAUAUUGAAAUUUUUAAACUAAACAUAUUUUUGAGCUGAUCAGAAGAACCGGACACACAAAGCAUUCUGCACCAUUGCUCAUUUAACAACUUCAAUCGAAUCAUUGAAUAUUUGUCGCUUGAUCAGACAUUAUAAUGUGAUAUUUUCAGCCAGAUGAAUCAGCUCAGCCAGAUAUCGUCAGCAGCUGAAAUUGA